AAACUGUUGAAAAAUCUGAAAGAAUCUGUUGUCAGUGGGUUCGCACCGGUCGAUUAGCUCAAGUGCCCAAUUCAAGUGUUACAAAAGAAGACAAUUCCUGUUGAGAGGAAAAAAAUGUUCGACUGCCUGAGAGCGAUGGCGCUUGCAAUAAUCAAUCGAUUUUUUAAGGUUCCUAAAGUUUUACCUGCACCCGAAAUGGAUCCAACACUUGUGGUUUACACCGAUGAACCCGUAAUCAAGAUUAAACGACUUGAAGCUGCACAAAAUCUUGAGAGGACUUUGUUUCGUGUUUCUCAAGGAACGGUCAUCAAAUUUUGUCUAGGACCUAGUCUACUGGGCCGACACACAAGGCUUUAUUCAAAUUAUCCGGAAGACAAUGUGACAUUCUCACGAUUAAAAUUUCGACAUCAUCGAUGGAUUGAAGAUCCUGAAGACUCAAGUUCCUAUGUAAGCCUGAAAUUCACUGUACCAGGAUCGUAUAAAUAUUUUAUUAUCGCUGAAGAUGAAGAGGAUGAUGCACAGAUAAAUUGUAAUGGUUACAUUUUGGUUGAACCAAUUCUCGAAGUGGGUAAAGAGAAUGAGAAAAUCCGAUUAGAUUCAAUUGUUUGUCAAACCGUUUUAAGUAAACUAUUGGGUACCUUUGAAACUUGGCAAGGACGACUUUUAGUGGCAAAUAAGUGUGGAUACAAUAUGAUACAUUUUACACCGAUUCAAUCACUUGGUGCUUCUCAAUCAGCUUAUUCAAUCAAAGAUCAACUCACCUUGAAUCCAAAAUUCAGUCACAAUCAACAAAACCCGGAACAUAAUUUUGAACAUGUAGCUAAUCUUGUUGAAUACAUGAGAAAAGAGUGGUCAAUGUUAUCAAUUACCGAUAUCGUUUUAAAUCACACUGCCAAUGAGAGCCCAUGGAUAUUUGAACAUCCAGAAUGUUGUUACAAUUUAAAAAAUUCACCUCAUCUUAGACCUGCUUACCUAUUGGAUCGUAUGUUUUGGCAUCUUUCAUUAGACAUUAUUAACGGUAAAUGGACUGAUGAAGGACUUACAAGUGAAGUUAACAGUGAAAAUGAUUUAAGAAUUAUUGAGAAAAUCAUUUGGGAACAUUAUCUUCCAUUACUUAACAUCGAAGAGUUUUACCUGAUUGGACCUGAACGUGUUGCUGAGGAUCUUAAACAUUGUCUAAUUCAAAUUGCACAAUGUACAGUUUAUCCUCAAAAAACUCCCGAACCUGUUACAAAGCUAAACGUUAUCCAAGAUCCAAAGUAUCGUCGAUUAAGAUCACGUUUCGAGGUUCAUACCUCUUUAAAUAUGGUCGCUUGGGAUGUCAGUCGAAGUGCCAUCACAAAAGAUCUUGUUGAAGAAAGAGCCGCUCUUUUAAAGCCCAAAGCAGAGGAGCUUAAUGAAGGAAUUAGAAAGCAAAUACAUGGUCAUAUUCAGGCCGCUGUUACCAAUGCAAUUGCUCAGAUUCGAUAUGAAAGACUCGACCCACAAGGUCCAAGGAAACGAUUCGUCUCUCGAACUGAUCCACUUUUAACGCCAUAUUUUACUACUUACGGGCCUGAAAGGGCAACUCUGGAAGAAGAAGAGAAAGCAAUGUAUGAUGAUAAGUAUUGUUCUUACUUUUUUGCCCACAAUGGUUGGGUCAUGGGCUACGAUCCAUUGAGAAAUUUUGCCGCUCCCGAUUCAUUUGUAUAUCUGAGACGAGAACUUAUUGCCUGGGGUGAUUCGGUUAAACUUCGUUUCGGUGAAUGUUAUGAAGAUUGUCCUUUCCUUUGGAAUCACAUGAAAAGUUACAUUGAAGAAACUGCUCGAAUUUUUCAUGGUGUUCGAUUAGAUAACUGCCAUUCGACACCUUUACACGUUGCCGAGUACAUGUUGGACGCUGCUCGAAAGAUCAGACCAAAUCUUUACGUAAUCGCUGAGCUUUUUACCUCAUCUGAAGAGACGGAUAAUCUGUUUGUUAAUCGUCUUGGAAUCAACUCUUUAAUACGUGAAUCUCUUGCUGCCCCAGAUUCACAUGAACUUGGUCGGUUUAUUCACCGUUAUGGCGGUGAACCUGUCGGAGCUUUUGAGAAAAUCAAUCCAACCCCUCUAAUACCUUCAAUGUCUCAUGCGAUCAUGUUUGACAUGACCCAUGACAAUGAAUGUCCAAUCGAUAAACGUUCACUUUUUGAUUAUCUUGCUUCGGCCAGUAUGGUGGCCAUGUCUGCAUCCGCUAUCGGCUCUAGUCGGGGUUAUGAUGAACUUGUACCCCAUCAUAUUCACGUUGUCAACGAAUGGCGUCCAUGGGCAUUUUGGUCCGAUUCUCCUGGACAUGAGCACGUUUCUUAUUCCGAUGGUAUAACUCAUGCUAAAAAGGUUCUCAAUGAAUUACACAAGAAACUUGCUAUUGAAGGUUAUUCUGAGCUUUUUGUUGAUCAAGUUAAUUAUGAUGUUGUUGCUCUUACCCGACACAAUCCAGAUACUCACAAAUCAAUUAUUCUAGUUGCUCGAACUUGUUUCCAUAAACCAGAUAAACCAUGGGAAACAGGGUACAUUAAACCAUUACAAGUUGCUGGUCAUUUUAACAAGAUUAUCUUUGAAGGUAAAUUAGUUGGAGACUAUGAAGAGUUUCAUAAAGCCUCUCAUUACAUUAAUGGCCUGAAAAACAUGAAGGCCGCCGUUCGUCAAGAUAUUAAACUUACCGAAAGUGAUAUGGUUCGAGUUGAAUCUAAAGAUGGAAACAAUAAGAUUGAAUUUAAUCAAUUCUCUCCUGGAUCUGUCAUUUGUUUUGAUGUCUCAUUAGAGGCUAAACAUAUUAACGCUUUAAAUUCAUUGAAACGAUUGGCUCAUUGUAAAGAUGAAUUAGCUUUACUAUUUGCGAGUUUCACUUUGGAUGAUCUUAAUUUCAUACUCUUCCGAACGGAUCAAGAAGAAAAGGACGAAUUCGGUGGUGGUGUUUACAAUAUUCCUGCUUUUACCAAUCUAAUUUACUGUGGCCUUGCAGGUCUUAUGUAUUACUGGAAAGAUAUCAGGACUAAGAACGACCUUGGACAUCCAAUCUGCAAUAACCUUCGAGAUGGUCUUUGGUUACCUGAUUAUAUUGUUAAUCGUUUAUCCAAACGUCAAUCUACUGUUGAAUUGUCUAAUUGGUUGAAAAAAGCUUUUGACACUUUGAAAGAUGUACCUGUUUAUUUGAGACCCCGUUAUUUUGACGGUAUCAUCACACCCAUUUACUCAGCAUCAGUACAAAGAUGCUGGAAUGUGUUAGCCGAAACUGUUGUCAAUCCUAAUGGAUUUACAAGAGCACUUAUCUUUGGAAGCUUAUCUUUGGUUGGCUUUAAUCAAACUUCAGCACUUCCACCUCUUGCUGAUGAUAUUUCUGAACCCAAACCACCAGUUAUCACUAUCGGUGGUAUUCCCCGACCUCGAGCUCCAACUAUUGCUGCUGGUUUACCACAUUUUGUAUCAGGUUACAUGCGAAACUGGGGUCGUGAUACUUUUAUCGCCAUUCGAGGAUGUCUUUUGAUUCCUGGUCGUUUUGAUGAAGCUCGAUACAUAAUCUUAGGAUUUGCUGGAGUUCUUAGACAUGGUUUGAUUCCUAAUCUCUUAGAUAAAGCAACAAACGCUCGUUAUAAUUGUCGAGAUGCAGUUUGGUGGUGGCUUCAAGCCAUCAAAGAUUAUUCUAAAAUUGUUCCAAAUGGUCAUGUAAUUAUGAAUGAACCAGUUCGACGAAUUUUCCCUACCGAUGAUUCUGUUGCGGUGUUAACCGGUGAUUCUACUCAACCUCUUCAUGAGGUUAUGCAAGAAGCUCUUAAUCGACACUUUGAGGGCAUUGAAUUCCGAGAAAGAGAUGCUGGAACCAAUAUUGAUGCUCAUAUGACCGAUGAAGGUUUUAAUGUUCGAGUGGGUGUUAACAAAGAGACGGGAUUUGUCUAUGGUGGAAAUGAAUGGAACUGUGGUACUUGGAUGGACAAAAUGGGCUCAUCCGAUAAAGCGGGAAAUCGGGGUAAACCAGCAACACCUCGUGAUGGUUCAGCCGUUGAACUGGUUGGACUUAGUAAAUCAGUUAUCACUUGGUUAGCUGAGAUGUGGGAAUUGGGUAAAUAUCCUCAUCAAUCUGUCACCUCUCUUGGUGCAAGUUGGACUUGGAAAGAGUGGGCUGAUAGGAUACAUGCAAAUUUUGAACCUCACUUUUGGGUGUCACCCGAUUCACAAGAUCCAUUGGUUAAUCGUCGGGAGAUUUACAAAGAUUCAUUUGGAGCAACACAAAAAUGGCAAGAUUUCCAAUUCCGACCCAACUUUUUGGUCGCCAUGACAGUGGCCCCUGAAAUGUUCACACCAGAAAAAGCUCAAAAAGCUCUGAAAUUAGUUGAAGAGACGCUUGUUGGUCCCCUUGGAAUUAAAACUCUUGAUCCAAGUGAUUGGAAUUACCGAGGAGAUUAUUUUAAUUCAAACGAUUCAGAUGAUCCGAAAGUUGCUCAUGGUUUUAAUUAUCAUCAAGGUCCAGAAUGGCUCUGGCCAAUGGGCUAUUUCUUACGUGCCAGUUACUCAUUUACAAAUGAUAAGAAUAUUAUAAUUGUUAAAUUGUUGAAAAUUUUAUCGAAACACUAUUGUGCCAUCGAGUCAAAUCCAUGGUUUGGUCUUCCAGAGUUAACCAAUUCUAAUGGUGACCAUUGUCCAGAUAGUUGUCAUACUCAAGCCUGGACCAUUGGUACAUUAUUAGAUUGUCUCUACGAUUCAAAUUGUACUUAAAUCGGUUGGCAGAAACAAUCAAAAAGAUACAACGAAUUUGUUAUUAUCAUCACUUAUUAACUAUUCCCACUGUUAAUUAUUAUUAUUGUUAUUGUUAUAAUUAUUUUCUUUUCCUCUUUAAUCAUCAACAAUUUAUCCUCCUUAUGUGUUACCCUUGUGUUCACCUUUUGUCCUUAAUUGAUAACAAUUAUCUUAUAAUUGUUAUUGUCAUUUCUGAUUAUUAUACAAAGAGUUCUGAGGUUGAUUCAAUUAUAUUCUUUUAUCAAUAUUAAUAACAAUUUAUCUAAUUAA